AUGGCUUUGGCACUAGCAACGGCCUCACGCUUGAAGGCCGAGGUUAGGCUAGGCCAGGCCAUUUCCGAGUUCGUUGCGGAUCUGUCCGAUGAGCAAAAAGCACGAUUCAUUGCAAAGAGAUCGCAAGCCCUGGCAUCGCUACCGAGCAUCCAAGAUGUCAGAAGCCUCACUGCCGAGAUUGACCGAGUCAGUGGUGGCCGAUGUUUAGGUCCGAGGCUCAUCAGAGUCCUUGAAACCGUGCAACGAUUUGCUGCGAUUGGUGAUAUCAUGGUAGGAGGAUCGCAAAAUAUCAUCGCCUGUGGUGUUUGGUCCCUGCUACUUACAAGCUCAUCCUCACACCUCGAGAAACUUUCAGUUCUUUUCAUGAAUGUUGGUCGGUCGGCACCCAGAUUUGAGAAGAUUGCUGCUCUGUACUCGCGUUCUCCAGACUUGCAGUCAUCCGUCUACGAAUACUUUAUCGUGGUGGUUCAUCUAUGCCACGACAUACUGAGAUUUACGAAACGAUCGACCUUGCAAAAGUUCGGAGCUGCUUUAUCAGAUUCAAAUCUAACGAAAUAUAACUCGGAGAUUGACUCUUGGAGUAAGACAAUCCAGGAUGAAGUUCGCUAUCUGAUGGCUAGGCGAACCGAAGAGGAAGCUGAGGCCACUUCUCGAUUUCGAAAUGCGUCAAGCAUAUUCUUCAGAUCUGCUUCAGCCCAGCAGAAAGCGCAAGCGCGACAACGAAUCCUUGACUUCUGCUGCCAAUUUGACUAUAUGGUGCCUUGGAAGCGGGCUAGAAAAGCCGGUAACACGAAUCUAUUUCGGGAAUGCCAGCACUACAAAUCAUGGAAAAGUCGACCCGACCCAAGUACAUUGAUCUAUACUGGGAAAGUAGGGGCUGGAAAGUCGGUUUUACUUGCAAACAUGGUUGAUGACUUGCAUCUCCAUACUGCAGGUAAGGACUUGGCCGUGGCUUUUUUCUUCGCGCGUCAUGACAUCCAGGAGACCUUGACAGCGCGAACUGUCAUUGGAUCUCUUGUUCAACAGCUUCUGGACCGAGUGACAGACUUCACUCAGGUUGCUGAAGCCUUCGAGAUGACGUCCAGAAAGGAGCCCCUCGAACGGAUGCUUCAUCUGCUCAAGUCAGUCCUGCGGCCCGACUUCAAAGCCUUUGUUGUAAUCGAUGGCUUGGAUGAAUUAAGCAACAGCGAGGGAGAAGAGACCUUGCGACACCUCUUCGCUCUGCGAGAUUUGAUGAACUUGUCUCUCUGCUUAUCCUACCGCCAGGAGCCCAAUACAUCGCUGAAGCUCAAGGCCGGCCUAGAACCAUUUAAUGCGGAGGUUUUCCCCAUCCCCCACAACAGCUCCGAGAUUGAGAGCUUCAUCACGGAUGAGCUGGGUAGGCGUGUUGAGAGCCAGAAGCUUACGAUUAACGACCCAUUGUUACCACUGGAAAUCCGAGACGCUCUCGUGAAAGGCUCACAGGGAAUGUUCCUGUGGGUGGCGUUGCAAAUUGAGUCUUUGUGUACUAUGGAGACGGAUGAGGAGAUACGCCAUGCUAUUAAUGAUCUCCCCAAAGAUCUGUCCGAGACAUUUUCGCGCAUACUCCAGAGCUCAAAUAAAUCCAACUCUCCAUACCAGAAGCGGAUAUUGGAACUGGUCACUGUUGCUCAACGUCCGUUGACAACCGAGGAGCUGCGUGAAGCCUUGAGUGUAACACCAGGUGAAACCAAUUGGGAUUCAUCUAAGCUUCUAAACAACAUCUACCACUCUUUGAAAUACUGUGGGGGCCUCGUCAUACUUGAUGAAGAGGAGUUGACCCUUCACCUUGUUCACCAUAGCUUCAAACAAUACCUGAUCAAAAUGACCGAAGGCCCAACUGAUAGGCUGGUUGAUCUUGACCAUGCUCAUAAACGAAUGUCCGAUAUCAUCAUCACCUAUCUUCAUACCCUGGAGAUUACCAGAAAGGCGUUGACCAAAGAGGUUUUUCCUAAGCUGGACGCUGAAUCUACAAUGGCUGGCAUCAUUCGCUCCACUCGGUCCUCUAUGCGCGGCAGCAAUAAGUUGGCAUUGAGGCUUCUUCGUUCAAAAGCUCCGCUCGAGCUCAACAUGGGGAAGACUCUUGCCCAAGCGUGGAAUCUCCGCAACCGACCAGAGGACCACUCUUUGUUUCGUGAUUAUGCGCAUACAUUCUGGCAUCUUCAUAUUGCUUGGUCUUUGCCUCUUUCAAGCCAAGUUAUGCCCCUUUUCCAGAAGUUAUGCGAACAGAACAUGCUUUCCCUCAUCAUAGCUUCUGGUGAUCUUCAAGCUUUGUUUCUGAAAGCCGUGUCGACCCAAUCCAUGGAAUUUACGAGAUAUCUCACGGAAAAUUGA